AUUCUGUUUUAAGGGUUUUGGGCUUCAUCAAUCAAUUUCAUGUAGAAAAUCUAGAGAGUGAUGAGAAAAUUUAUGAGGAACACAGAGACAUUUUAGAGAGAAGAUGAGAGAGAGAAAAGAGGGCAGCUUAAGCCAGCUGGGUUAGAUGGAUUUAGAUUCUCAUGGAAAAAGUAAAAAAGCCCCAUUUGUGAGAUUUUAAUCUUUUUUUUUGUUCAGAUCACAGACAGAGAAAGUGAAGAGAGAAAAAAAAUACUCUCAACUCUCACAAAUUCAAACGCACAGAUUUCUCCCUCUCCAAACGACAUCGUAUCACUCAUCGGAAUUUGCCUCGCGCAAGGUACUACCUGAAUCUAAAAAUAGUUGGUCAAGCAUUCUACGGUUCAGACGGAAUACUGAUAUGAGACUUGAAUCGGGGACUUGUAAUGUGUGCUCAGCUCCUUGUUCAUCUUGCAUGCAUCUUAACCAUGGUCUCAUGGGCUCAAAGGAUGAAGAGUUUUCUGAUGAAAACUGUCGCUUAGGAGAAGCUAAUAAUCAGUAUUCUAUGGAUGAGGGUAAUGUCUAUUCUCUUAGGAGCAGAGUUUGUGAAAGCUCACAGCAUGCUGUCAGUGAAGCUAGUAAUAUGCAGGGUGUUAAUUCAAGUCAUGAUUCUCUAUGUGAAAAUGCUGAGAGUAGACAGAUCCUGUCGAAUAAGUAUCAGGAUUCCAAGUAUUUAGAAGGUCAUGAUGACAACACUUCUUGUAUUAGUAGAGCCAGUGAUGCUAAUUUAGUGAAUGAUAGCCAUGAAAGGAAUGCGGAGAGAAUAAAUAUAUCUUUCAGUUCAGCUUCAUUUAGUCAGAUAGGAGCAGAAGGAUCUGGAAGUGCUCCCUCUGUAGACACUGGCCAUAGCUCACCUGAGGUACAAAGGUUAUGUGAGCAAUCUCGAAGGGGUAAAUCUCUCUCUGGUAAUCCAAACUUAAUGCAUGUGGAAAGGGAUUUGUGUCCUCAUAUCCCAGAAAAAUUGUCGGAAUGCUCUAUUGAGAAUUCUAGUUCAUCAUUGACCAAAGAGAGGGAGCCUAUUGUUGUGUCUGAUGAGAAAAUUAUUGCCAAUAAGGAUGGCCUUAAUGAGAGUACUUCUGAGAUUUCACUAAAAGUAUGUCCAAAGUCAGAGGCAGAUACUGAUGCCUGUGACGCUAACAAUGAAGUCCAUGAUGAACAGUACAAGAAACAUGAAGAACUGGUUAAAUCACAUCGUGAGCCGGAACCUCAGUCUGAAGAUGAGAGUGAUGAAUCAGAUGUUGUGGAACAUGAUGUAAAGGUGUGUGACAUCUGUGGAGAUGCUGGUCGUGAGGAUCUACUUGCCAUAUGUAGUAGGUGCAGUGAUGGCGCAGAGCACACCUACUGCAUGCGAGAAAUGCUUCAGAAAGUCCCUGAAGGGGAUUGGUUGUGUGAAGAAUGCAAAGAUGCAGACGAGAAUGAAACUAAAAAGCUGGAUGUUGAAGAAAAGAAAAUUGUAGAAGUUAGUUUGACCUCACAAAUUUCUGGCAAGAGAGUUUCUGAUAACAUUGAAGUAGCUCCAACAGCUAAAAGGCAAGCUCUUGAAUCCAGCACAGGAUCACCAAAGAUGUCAAGCCCCAAGAUAUUGAUUCCACCAUCACGAGAAUCAUCGUUUAAGAGCUUAGAUAAAUUAAAAGUGAAGCCUGGUCUUCAGAUGCCCAUUCAUAACCACGCUGGUGGUAAUGAUACAGAGACUGCUCGUUCUCCUUCCAUUGGUCCCCGCAGUCAAAUUUCAAAGAGUAUGUUACUGAAGUCUAAUUCUUUCAACAACGUAAAUUCCAAGCCAAGAGUCAAACUUGUUGACGAAGUUGUUCCCCAAAAAUCAAAAGGGGGAAAUGAACAUAAUUCAAAGAAUGUGGAGACACCUGCUCGGAUGACUAGCAAAUCAACAUUAUUCAAAUCGUCAAGUUUGGGCCGAUCAAAUGCAACCGAGUCAAAAGUUAAAAUGCUUUCGCCCAAGUCUCUCCCUACACAUGAGUUGAAAGUAUCUAGGCAUUUAAAAGAAUCAGGUGCAUUUGAGAGGAAACAUCUGUCGAGGAUUGAUCGGCCUGUGGCUAGUUCUGUUGUUUCCACUUCCAAGAGUGAUCAAAAGCUUACACCCCGUGGUGAAACAACCUCUAAACCUUUGGCUGUUAACAACAAUCGAGAGUUGAAGGUUAACCAGGAUGGAAAAUUCAGUGCGUUAUCAAAGUCAAUAAGUAAUGUAAGCCGUAAAAGUUCAGGACCUCAAGUUAGUUCAGAGAGAACAUCAACCCGAAGUGAUGAAGCUCAACAGGAUGUGCUGCCUCGAUCACGAGAGACAACAAAUCAGGUUGAGAAAACCAGAGAUAGUUCCAGUGAUCGUGUAAGGCCAGUUGUUUCUGCUUCUUCAAAAAAUCUAUUCUGUCAAAAAUGUAAAGAAUUUGGCCAUCCUUUGGAAUGUUGCACACCUGGUACUACCCAGGAAUCUGGUGCCGAAAUAUCUGUCAAUACCUCAAGUAGUUCCAAAGAGGAGAUGCAUAAAGGCAAUAAGUUGAAAGCUGCAAUCCAUGCUGCUUUACUUAGAAGGCCUGAAAUUUACAAGAAGAAAGAAGAAGUAUCUAAUCAAACUGAUGAAGUUUCUACAUUGGGCACGGAGUUGAAUUGUGAAGUGACUUCAAAAGACCAAGUGUUGGUUUCCAGCACACUGAAGAGUGGUAUAUCCUCUGAUGAAACCCAGGAACAACAGGAAAUCCUAGAGAACUCUUCAUUGGAUUCUUCCAAAUGUUCAUUUCCCAAUGAUUUGAAGCAACUUAACUCUUGUCCGACUGACUUUCGUUCCCAUCCAGGAAAGUCAGAUGCUAUUAGUCUUAAUGCUGGAAAGCCUGCAGUGAGAGACUUGUCUAAUAAGGCUGUGUUGAUCUCAAAUUUUCCUUUGAAGAUGUUGGCCUUUCCUGAAUAUGAAUACAUCUGGCAGGGUAUCUUUGAAGUUCAUAGAAAUGGAAAGCCUCCUGACUUAUGUACCGGAGUUCAGGCACAUUUAUCCUCUUGCGCUUCUCGUAAGGUUCUUGAGGUAGUGACCAAGUUUCUACCGAAAGUUGCCCUCAAUGAAGUUUCUCGCAUAAGCACAUGGCCUUUGCAAUUUCAUCAUGGCGGUGCUAGAGAAGAUAAUAUUGCUCUUUACUUCUUUGCCAGGGAUAUUGAAAGUUAUGAGAGACACUACAAGGGUCUAUUGGAUCACAUGAUUAGAAAUGAUUUAGCGCUUAAAGGAAUGUUUGAUGGUGUUGAACUUCUCAUAUUCCCAUCCAAUCUGCUUCCUGAAAACUCACAGCGAUGGAAUAUGUUGUUUUUCUUAUGGGGCGUAUUUAAGGGGAAGAGGAUCAUUCAUUCAGAUACUGCAGAAAAGAUUUGUAUUCCCAGUUUGAAUGCUGUGCCAGUUGAGAUGAAUUCUUCUACUGUUGUGACUUUGCCUGAAACACAUUGUUCGCCAAAGUGCAUGCAUGAAGAAUCAAGUGAUAGUGAUAAAGCAUGCACUGCAGUUCUCCCAUCCACAUCCAUAGACCAGCAUCAGAUUACUUUAACUGGGAAUAUUGAUGUGAAUCACCAGACACAUCCGGGUUCACAAGUAAACUUAGAUAGGCUAGAUAGUAAGAUUGACUGGAAAUCUACAUCAAGGGUUCCGACAAACAGUACUCUAUUAUGUCAAGAAAUGAAAUCCACUGGUUCAUCCCUGAAAGCUAGUGAAGAUGAAGAUGGACAGUGCAGAGAGUCUAAACCUCCUGAUGCAAUGGGAACAAAUGUAAGCAAUAGGAUUGUUGAAGCAAAAACUGAUUCUGAUAUUUCUGUCAAGCAAGAGAAUGGUUUGUCUCCGCUGAUUCCUUUUGAAAGAGUUGCUGUUUGCAAUAUUAGUAAAGAUAAAAUUUUCAAUAGAAUGAACAGUGAAGAUGAACAAAGGCCUAAGAGGAAACAGAAAGAGCAUUGUCGCUAUAUUGAUUUGGAGGCGAAUAUUGAUAAUAAUGAAGGAACAGGUGCUGCAAGCAAUUUUAGUAAGGAUAGAAGUUCAGAAACAAUGAUUAGUGAUGUUGAAAAUCAACAAAGGCCUAAGAGGAAACAGAAAGAUGAACCUUAUAUAGACUUGGAGGCAACUAUUGAAACUGAAGAAACAUGUGUUGUAAGCAAUAUCAGUAUUGAUAAAAUUUCAGAAAAAAUUGUCAGUGAUGAAGAUCAGGGAUGGCUUAAGAGGAAACAGAAAGACAAUGAUCACUGCAUUGACUUGGAGGAAACUUUUCAGGACGAGCUUAGUGUAAAAGGGAUCGACUGUCAGGUACCUAAUGAUAAAGUUCAGAAUUUAGAUCUUUCUGACACAGUUAUGGGGGCUUCUGUAGUCAGUUGUCAGAAAAUGCCUUGGAAUGAGGGAAAUGAAAAGUUAUUUGGUGGAGAAAGUUCUAGCAAGAAACUAAAGACAGGUUUCAGUGGGAUUUAUGGAUCUUCCAGUUCUAGAGGCGGAAACUCUUUUAAUAACAAUUUUACAUCUCUUAGAAAUGACCUUGGUUCUUCUUCCUCUUCAGUCAAGGACAAAGGAUGUGAAGAAGCUUGUGAUGAGAAAAUCAUUCAUGAGGAUUUGGGAACAAUGGAAAGAACCUUUUUUCCUAUUGAUACCCAGCAUAUUAGUGACUCCCAAUCGGUGCUGAAUAGCAUGUCAAUGAAAGGGCUUCAUGAGUCUGAGGAACAAUUUCAAGAUGUCAUUCCCAAUCUAGAGCUUGCUUUAGGGGGUAAAACAAAACCACUGCCGCCACCCCCACCCCCACCUCCACCUGUGCCUAAGGGUAUGUUGCCUUUCUUAGUUGGGGCAGUAGACAGAAAAAAUAACCAACCAGAUGGCUUAGGAGAUGGGCAGGAGGAUGAUGGUGUUGCUGCCUCUCUUUCCCUUUCUCUAUCCUUUCCAUCUUCAAACAAGGAACACACAAAAGCUGCUUCAAAACCAGAGCUUUUGCCUGAUGGGCACCGUGUGAACACCUCGUUGCUCCUUUUUGGGAGAUUCACAGACAAAUAAAUUUGCUGGCUGCUUUAUGUUUCCAAUCAUGUAAAUUAUGUUGUUCUGGAUUGUCCAUCCUGUAUGAUAGAUAAGCUUCCAGUCCCUAUACAAAGCAGCCAUUGUCCUCAACAAGAAUCAACAAGUUUUUUUUUUUUUUCCUGUAGUUUUUUAGACCUUAGUUAUAUACAUGUUUUUAUGCUAGUUUUUUGGUUUUCAGAAUGCACAGUUAUGGCUGUUUGUAUAUAUAGAGAGAAUUUAAGCCGGCAUAAUUUCAAUAAUCUUACUAGGAACUUGCGGAUGACUAUU